AUGGCGGCCGAGGGCGAGUACGAGUCGAUCCUGUGCGUGAAGCCCGAUGUCAACGUUUAUCGCAUCCCGCCGCGAGCUUCAAACCGCGCGUACAGGGCAGCUGACUGGAAGCUGGACUCUCCAGACUGGUCUGGUCGAAUGAGGAUCACAGCGAAGGGAAAGGUGGCGUUCGUCAAACUGGAGGACACAAGUCUCAGGUGGGAGCUGUUUGCCCAGGCACCAAUUAAGGAGUAUCCCGGUGUUGCGGUGGAGACGGUCAGCGACUCCAGCCGAUACUUUGUUCUGCGGAUACAAGACGACAACGGUCGCAGUGCUUUCAUAGGAGUUGGUUUCGGGGACCGAGGGGACGCUUUUGAUUUCAAUGUGGCUCUGCAGGACCAUUUCAAAUGGGUGAAACAGGAAAAUGAACUCAGUAAAAGCGCCCAGCUCGGUGAUUCAGGACCAAAACUGGACUUGGGCUUCAAAGAGGGACAGACCAUCACACUCAACAUAGGGCAAGGUAAAAAGAGGGACAAACCCCGCCCACAAGGCUCAGGUGGGUUUGGACUCCUCCCACCGCCACCUGGAGGCAAGAUAGCCCCUCCCCCCUCAUCAGGCUCGUCCAAUCACAACAUCGUCCCCCAGACGGGAGACAUGGCAACAGGCUGCCUGCUGGAGCUGGACAGUAGUAACUCUAACACGGUGGUUCAGUCAAACGCUAGUUCAGAUCUUUGGGGAGACUUCUCCGCUCCUGCAAGCUCUGUUCCUCCUCCAUCUCGACCACAGAACGCCGGAAACUGGAUCCAGUUUUGAGUCGUCGGCCGUCCCGUCGGCCUCCAUCUCACCUGCAUCUGUGUCUGUAGCUUCCUGUGCAUCACACCCACAGUAACUCCCACACACUGAUCCCAAAGCCGAGACGUGAAACUCCACAGAGCUGUAGAAACACUUCAUUCAGAGAGAAUCUUUCAAAUAUUCUUGACAGGAAAUGAAGCAUUAAUCUGUCUAAGCCAUCACAUGAUAUGAGCCAUUUCCAAGUAUAUUCAAGGGCUAUGUGUGACGUCCUGAGUAGCAGGUGUUUUCCUUUUCCGUGUCUGCGUCGCCUCCCCGGCAGAUGGCUCUCUGAGCAGAGCUUUAUCUCUGAUCUGGAAUGUUUUUGUCACUGCGACGGCUCCCCCCGCAGGCGCUGCACAGAGCUGCAACUCAACAAAAGGCUCCUGAGCUUUCUGUAACCUGCUGUGAAGUUUACUCAGUCAGACAGUUUCUUUAUUGCGCUAAAAUUGGCACUUAAAUCUUUUUUUUUGUGCAUCAGCCUUAUUAUUAUCGGCUUUUUCAUAUAUGUCCUGAAAUGAUUUUGCAUUUACAGCAAAAGUGUUUCUAAUUUAUUUCAAUACAAAUCCUAAAGAAAAAACAGGUUGAGACCGAUUAGAGUUUUUCACAAAGAAAAGUAGGAUUUUUAGCCUGAACGUGGAAUUAAAAGACUCGUCUCGUCCUCACACUGUGAACUGAGGAGCAGAACGACAUUUUCCACACAACAAACAAUUUCUGUAUUUGAAACAUCAGCUAUAAGUCUAAAGUUUGGAUUCAUUACAUAAUGAUAUCAUGUAAGAUGCAAAAUGUUUAGAUUAG